AUGUCUAUCGCUUCCCUUCAAGACAAGGUUGCUAUAAUCACCGGGUGCAGUUCCGGUAUUGGCCUCGCGACAACGCGCCUCUUCUUGGAACGUGGAGCUUCUGUCUUUGGCAUAGACAUUGGUGCACAGCCUCAAAAGCUGGCCGAGGACUUUUCGACCUUUAUCUUCUACCAGACCGAUCUUACUGAUUCCCAAGCCGUUGAACAUGCCGUGGCAAAAUGCAUUGGCAAGCACGAUCGUAUCGAUGUCUUGGUCAACUGCGCGGGUAUUAGCGACGGGUGGAGUAGCGCCGAUACUAUCCAUGAGGAAGAAUGGGAAAGAGUCAUGGCUAUUAAUUUAAAUGUGCCGAUUCGUAUGAUGAAGGCAGUACUUCCCGCCAUGAAGGCACAGAAAAAGGGUGUAAUUGUCAACGUGGCUAGCAAGGCGGGCAUGUCUGGCGCGAGUGCAGGAAUUGCUUACACGGCCAGCAAGCAUGGCCUAGUUGGUGCUACCAAGAAUGUUGCGUGGCGGUUCCAUAAUGAAGGAAUUCGCUGCAAUGGCGUGCUGCCAGGAAGUGUCGCCACAAACAUUGCAAGUUCAGUGCAGAUGGAGCAUUUUGAUUCGGCCGGCUUUAAUACUUUUUUCCCGAUUGUGCAGCUUCACGUAUCCAAAGAUAACGAGGGAACACCUGUUCCCUACAUAGGUGUUGAUCAUGUCGCGCGGGGCAUCGCUUUCCUCGCCUCAGACGAAUCACAAAUGAUAAACGGUGCUAUGGUUCCUAUUGAUAAUGCGUGGUCCACAAUAUAG